UAAGAAAGACUACAUGCUCACCCCUCGAGGCAUUUACUUUCAACACUUACGUUUCCCAGGAAUCAAGGCCCAAAAUCAUGUGAAGAAGAAGAAGACAACAUUAAAAUUUGAUGAUUAAAAACGUUGGAUCCACUGGCAUGGGGAUUCAUUGAUUGCCACACAUGCACCCAUCCUCUCUCACUAUAUGCCCAUCAUCAUUUAAAAAUUGUAGUCGACUAAAAAAUUAAGAAGGGACAUCAUGGAUCACCCUUGCGUCCAUACAAGUAGGUCAGCGCCCUGCUGAAGGGCACUAAAUGUACAAGUAAAUUGGUCGCCCAGGGCACCUACCCCACACGUAUAUAGCCGUUAGAGUCGCCAUAACUACUUUUUAAAAUUCGAAGGACCCUUUGCCUAUUGAACAGGGCGAAACAUACCCACAUGCCCCCACACAUAAACUUUAAUCAUUAUGAUUCGAUCUUUAACUAAAUUAGUCUAAGAUUGGGGUUUUGGUUUUGGUUCAGCGUUGGGCGCCAACAUGAAACGACUUCGUUUUGAUUGUCUAAAUAUCCUCUUUCCUUUCAUAUCAAUUCUCGUUGUCAUAAGGCAAAGCAAUGCCGUUGCAAGAAAGGAUAAAAGAUAUGUUUCUUCUAACUUUUUGGGUUUAUCUCAUACACGCUCUCGUCCAAUUCAAGAAAAUCGAAUGAUGGGUUUUCCUUUUGGUGUCAAUCGACUAGUGGUUUUUUCAUUUCUUUUUUUUUUUUUUUUCUCUCUCUUUUUCCUUAUUUGCUUUCUCAAAAUCACUUCAAUGAUGACUGAAUACCAUAUCGGGAUUCAUUUUGACGUGGGUGUUGAAGCAAACACGGUUUGAUUGAUUGAUUGAUUGUGUUGCCUCGGUGAAGAUUUUACAAGUAUUUGAUACCUAAUUAAGAGUUGUUCUUGAGUAUGGUGGUUGAUCUUCGUGACAGCGAAUUUCUUCUCAACUUGGUGGCUUUGCUCUGAGGAUCAAAAUAGUCAAAUGUGCCAUGGCUGAAAGUAACACAAGUUUGGGGACGCCAGAAACUGAUAUGACAACUUUAAAAGAAGCCCUUUGGGCUCAGCAACAGCUACUUCAAAAACUUUACUCUGAGUUGGAUGAGGAGCGAGAAGCCUCGGCUACUGCAGCAAGUGAAACUCUAUCCAUGAUAUUGCGUCUGCAAGGAGAAAAGGCUGCAGUGAAGAUGGAAGCAAGUCAAUAUAAGAGAAUGGCUGAAGAAAGGAUGUGCCACGCUGAGAAGUCGCUUUCACUUUUUGAGGAACUAAUCUAUCAGAAAGAAAUGGAAAUUGCAUCUCUGGAGUUCCAAGUUCAGGCUUAUAGGUGCAAACUUCUAAGCAUGGGUUAUAGUGAUCCGGUUGCGGGUGACACAAGGUUUCCAGACAAUCUGUUGUUGCAAAGAAAUGAAUCACUUGUUGGGGACACGAGUGUUAAUGACAUUGUUAGAAGGAGCAAUUCUCUGCCUUCAAUUCGACUGAAAGAUUCAUAUCACAAGAAGGCUAUUAUUGAAAGAGAAAGGUCUAUGAUCCCAUUGAUUCCUAGGAUAGUAGAAGAAAAUAUGGACCAAGAACUUGGUGAUCAGAACUUGGAUCUGGAGAAGAAAUCAGAGAACUCCUCUGCAGUUGGAGAUUAUGAUUCAUAUUGGGAACAGAUCAGGAGGUUAGACAAAAAGGUGAAAGAGUUAUCAGAUUGUAAAGAUUCUUCUAGAGGAGGUAAAUCAGCAAAUUUGAAGGCUGGGUCUAGGUCGUCAUUACCUUCACAAGUGAGCAUGACAUCUUAUGAUCUAACAAGCGGAGACAUAACCACAAAAUCAGGCAAAGUUAACCAUCCUGGAGGUUUUUUAGAAGAUGGAGGAAUUACAAACUCAGCUUGUGCUUUUGGUGUCCAUGAUAUUUUUGAAGUUCCAAAAGCAAUUAAGAACCACAAGAGCUGUGAGCGGAUGAAGAAAGAACAGAGUAAAUUGAUCUUGGAAGAUGAAGAUAGACUCCUAAUGCCAGAUUCAGUCUCUAAGGAGGCUGCCGAAUCAUAUAUAAGAGAUGAAACUGACUGGGAAAAGGAAAGCUUUCUGAGUGCAAACCAUGAAAAUAGAUUAAUUAAACCAAAACAUGGGAUGGCCUUUGAAAGUGAUUUGGCUUUCCCUUGCUCUACAAUUGGUGUUGCUGAAUGUCAGGCUGAGUUUCAACAGCUUGUUAGGAGAAUGAAGCAGCUUGAGGAUGAGCGGGAGAUUAUAAGGCAAGAUAAUGGAGGGGAAGAAGAAUUGAAGUUGUUGAGAGAGAUACAUGAGAAACUCAAUUUAAUACAGUCCGAAAUAAGAAGUUUGAGACCCAAGAAGAGGUCCCCUCCACCAGAUGAUCCAGCCCUAGUUUCUCUCAUGGAGGUAUAUAUUGUGUGCAGAUAAGACCGAGCUCAAUCAAUUCCAAGAUGGCAUCACGCCAUAUUCUGCUGCAAUUAACUGGUGUGGCAGGUGGUGUAGCUCUUGUCAAUGCUUGUUCAACUAUAGGCUCAAGCUUAUAUGGGUACUGACUCUUCACCCAUUCAUGUAAGCUUGAACCAUCGUGGAAAAGAACAUCAGUGGGACGCUUCCCUGUCACAAUCUCUAACAGAAGGACCCCAAAACUGUAAACAUCUCCCUGGGUCGAUGCCCGCUUUCCCAAUCCAUACUCUGCAUUAGCCAAGGGAAAACAGUGAAUCACAUGAUUAAAUGGAGUUCAUGAUAGUGUGUAUUCAUCUAAGCAACUUCUUUUUGUAAUGAAACUGAAUGAACAGUGAGGCUGAGGGGUGAAAAUUUAUUUCAGAAAUUGGUGAAUAUAUGUAAUGACAUGCAGCAUUAUGAUC